GCAUUGCAACCGUUUACUUUUAACUCCUGGUGUGGCCAGUGGACUUUCAAACUUCAAAUGGUUGUAUCUCAGGAACACAAACAAUUAUAGGAGUAGAUCCCCUGGCCCCUCCCUCAGUCCUGCUAUGCCUUUCACAUGAUCCCCUAUAUGUGUCAAAGAUUUUCUCUCUAAAUAGCUCUAAUGAUGCAGUCUCUACAGGAUCGAAGGUGAUGAGGGUCAUCUGUUCCAGAGAUUUGCCAUCAUUUGUGAAAAGGAAUUCACAGAGACUUGUGCCCCUGCAGUUUUGUUUGCUUCAAGGGCUCCAGCUACAGGAAAUGGAAAUAAAGAGGUCGGUGUUACUGGGUGCAGCCGCUGAUACCCUGACAAGGGCGGUACGCGCCACGGUGCUUGGAGAUCGUGAGCGGAAGUGAGGCGGAGUGGGACACGUGUGGCUCGGGAGCCGGAGGAUGACACUGAGUGCGCUGGUGAUGAUAUGUGCUGAAAGGCUAGCACUUGUAACCGCAGGCGGUUGCGCCGGCUUCCGAGCGAGGUAACAGCGCUACCGCGGGGAGAUGUUGCACAGAAAAUGGACAGCUGAAAGGGCGUCGGUAAGGCAGCGCGGGAACCGGGGGCGAGAGGUCCGUGGCCCAACCAAGCGGCCGCAGGGACCGCUCGCCGCAGUGGCGGCCCCAGUGAUGUGCGGAGUUUUGGGUGGACGCGCCAUUCGGGUCCAUGGAUCUGCCUACCGGGGCUGCGGUGCUGAGCAACGGCACGGCGCUCGGCAACUACAGCGGAGCAGCGCUGCCGGAGCGAGCGGGCGGCCAGACCGACGUCGGGUCUCUACUCCACGGUGUGGCCGUAGCUUCCAAGGCUCUGCUCCUUUUGCUCAUCUUUCUGUUGUCGAGCCUGGGCAACGCGGCGGUGAUUGCGGUGAUCGUCAAACACCGGCAGCUGCGGACUGUGACUAACGCCUUCAUCAUGUCCCUGUCAUUGUCCGACCUGCUCACUGCCCUGCUCUGUGUGCCCUUCUCCUUCAUCAUGCUCUUCAGCCAAGACGGUGUCUGGAUCUUUGGGGACCGCUUCUGCGUGGCCAAUGGUUUCUUCAAUUCGUGCUUCGGGAUCAUCUCUACCCUCACCAUGACCCUCAUCUCCUUCGACCGCUACUACGCGAUCGUCAGACAGCCGCAAGAAAAGAUGGGCAGGCGUCUGGCCGCGCAGCUCUUGGCCGCCGUCUGGCUGACGGCCUUCAUUUUCUCUUUCCCCUGGUAUCUCUUGUUUCAAGCCCCAGGACAGCAGGUUAUUCAUAAGAAGGGCUUCUACCACUGCAUGUACAUCUUCCACUCGGGCACUUCCCGUAUGGGCACUGCGUACAGCAUCGCCUUGAUUGUCACCUGCUACCUGUUGCCCUUCUCACUGAUGUGCUUCUGUCACUACAACAUCUGUAAGACAGUGAGGCUGUCAGAGAUCCGAGUCCGCCCAGUCACUACAUAUGCCCAUCUGCUGCGCUUCUACAGUGAAAUGAGGACAGCCACCACAGUACUGAUAAUGAUCGUCUUUAUCAUCUGCUGCUGGGGUCCUUAUUGCGUCAUGGGAAUCAUCACAGCCACUGGAAACUUCCAUUUCACCCCCAUCAUGGACACUGUGGCUAUCUGGCUGGCCUGGGCUAAUGGUGCCCUCAAUCCCUUAAUCUAUGCUACCAGGAACCCCAACAUCUCCAUGCUUUUGGGAAGAAAAAGGGAAGAUGGUUACAGGACUAGAAAUAUAGCUGCCUACUUGUCUAGGCAGAACCAGGACCAUGACAUUAGGAGUCAGGCAGACAGGUUAAGGGACCGCUAUGUAAGUCGGCAAGGGGCUGGUAGCAGAAUGUCUUCUUCUAGCCCUGCAAAUGGAGAUGUCGUGAUGUGGGCCUGUAAAAAUCCAGCUGUGCUUUUCUGCAGGGAUGGACCACCCAACAGGAUGCCUGAGCCUACCAUGGCCAAAUCAGAGACUGCAGACACCAGCCUUUAAA